AUGGCAAAAAUAGGAAUUAAUGGUUUUGGAAGAAUAGGAAGAAUGUGUUUGAGAAUUUGUUUAGAAAAAAAUUUGGAGGUUAAACAUAUCAAUGAUCCGUUUAUUGACACUGAAUAUAUGAUAUAUUUAUUUAAAUAUGAUUCAACUCAUGGAACCUUCACAGAACCAAUUGAAUUUGAUUCUGAAACAAUAAUUAUUGGUGAGAGGCGAAUAAAAACAUCACGCGAGAAAGAUCCUUGUAAAUUAAAAUGGUCCACUGUUGAUGUUAAUUUUGUGAUAGAAGCAACGGGAAUUUUUACUACUAUAGAAAAAGCCGCGCGUCACUUGGAUGCUGGAGCAAAACGUGUAAUUAUCACAGCACCAUCCAUUGAUGCUCCAAUGUAUGUUUACGGAGUGAAUCAUAAAUGUUAUACAGCAGAGAAAGGAGGACGAGUAGUGUCAGCAACUUCCUGUACAACAAAUUGUUGUGCUCCUCUAAUUAAAGUGAUGAACGAUAAAUUUAAAGUCGAUCAGGCAAUGGUUACAACAAUUCACGCCAUUACACCUACACAAAAAACACUCGAUGGUCCAAGUGGAAAAAAAUGGAGAGAUGGACGUGGAUGUCUACAGAAUAUUAUUCCAACGUCAACAGGAGCAGCUAAAUGUGUGACAAAAGUUAUUCCAGAAUUGAGAGAUAAAAUAACGGCAUUGGCAUUUAGAGUGCCAGUUCCCAAUGUUUCAGUUUGUGACAUAACAUUCAAAUUAAAUGAAGAAACAACUUACGAGGAUGUUAAAAAAUGUAUGAAAACUGCAUCUGAAGGUGAAAUGAAAAAUAUUAUUGCUUAUGUUGAAGAUGAUUGUGUUUCGUCAGAUUUCAAUAAUUCCCCAUAUUCUUGUAUAUUUGAUGCAAAAGCUGGCAUUCCACAAACAAAUAAUUUUAUGAAAAUUGUCGCAUGGUAUGACAAUGAAUAUGGCUACUCUCGUCGUGUCAUUGAUCUGUUGAAUUACAUGUAUCAAAUUGAAUUUGAUAACAAAAAUGAUAGUAACUCCGCUUCUACUGUUGAAUAAACUGUAGUUUUU